CUACAUCUUUAUAAGUUGAAUUGCAAUAAAGGAUCAUUAACUAUCUCGAUCUCGGGCGACAAAGCACGUCUCUAUAGUGAAGUUCCGUGUUUCAACUUCGAUUAAACUUGGAUGUUCUUGGAGUGAUUCCUCCUAUUUCGUCCAUUCAACCAAAGAAAAAAUGUGGAAACGGUGGCAGCUCUAUUGUGUCUUAUUGCACCUGUGCGCGAUUGGGUGGACCCAGAAAACUGCCCUCGAUUCGUCCCUUAAUUUAAUUAUGUUACGUGUUUUUCGAAAUUGGACUUUCGAUACCUUUGGUAUGUAUAAUCAACGAGGUAAGACAGGAACAGAAGGUGGGAGAGACCUUCAAAUAGCAAGAGAAGCACAAACUAUGCAAAACAUCGUCCCUGAUCAUGUCCCAUUCCUGUGCAAUGUAACCGGUGGUAGAUCGCAAGAAGUACCUGACUCAGUACAUAAAUUAAAGCCGGGUGAUAUCGAUAUCAUCGCCGCGAUGGGUGACUCGUUAACGGCAGGGCUUGGAAUUUUUGCGCACAAUUUAUUUCAGGUUUUCAUAGAAAAUAGAGGAGUCAGUGCACUUGGAGGAGGUCAAGGCACAUGGAGGCAGUAUCUAACUCUUCCAAAUAUAAUCAAAGAAUUCAAUCACAAUUUGAUAGGUUAUGCAAUGGAAGACUCGCUGACGAUUCAUGAGACAUCACAGCUAAAUGUCGCUGAAACCGCUUCUAUGUCAGAGGACAUGCCUUAUAUGGCGGAAGUGCUACUCAAAAGAAUUCAAAACCAUCCGAAAAUAGACGUGGAGAAGCAUUGGAAGUUAAUCUCGUUUAUGAUUGGACAUAACGACUUUUGCAACAGUAUAUGUUGGGUUUCUUCGCCUUGGUCAAUUCUCGAAAAACAUAAAACAGAUUUACUUAAGGUUUUGAGAACAUUGAGAGAUAAUCUGCCACGGACAUUGGUAUCGUUGAUUCCGCCGAUACAUAUGAAAAUCUUGAUUGAAAGUCGUAAAGGUAGAGAGUCUUUAAAAUGUUAUCUCACAACGGAUUUUGAAUGUCCUUGCAUGUUUGGUCUUAGAUUUCAGAAUUUCUUACCAGAAUAUUAUAACAUCAUGAGACGAUGGCAAGAGUUGGAUAUAGAAAUCUCUACUUACUCGGAAUUCCAAAAAAAUGAUUUUGCAGUAGUAGCUCAACCUCUGACAUUAGAUUUGCGUUUACCACUUGCUUCGGAUGGAUAUAGCGAUACAACAUAUUUCAGUGACGAUUGUUUUCACAUCACACAAAAAGCCAACGCUUAAAUUGCAAAUAGUGUGUGGAAUAACAUGUUGGAGCCGAUUGGCGCUAAAUCAACAUUUUUGCAGAAUCUCUUUGAGAAGUUUCUUUGUCCGACUCCGGAUAGAUCAUAUUUUGCAACAUUGAAAAAUUCGGGAAAAAAUUUUCAGAGAAACUAGUUGUUAUCCGGUUGAAAAAUAUUUAUGUUCAACGAGGAAGAAAGUACAAGUAGCAUUACUGGGUAAUCGAUAGAGAUGUGCGAAUCAAAGAUUUUUUUAUGUCGAGUCAAAUGGAAUCGAAUCUCAGAUUUUAAUUUCGAAUUCGAAUCAAAUCGAAUGAAAUCGAAUCGUUGAAAAAAUUUUUAAUUAACAUUGAAUUCAAC